UGACAUUGUACUUCUGCGAUCGACCUGCUGUCUUUCGGUUGUGGCAAUCUGCAGUGUGUAUUCCAACAGAAAUGGCGAGUAAAUUAUCCAACAUUUGCAGGGUUGUUAAAGGUCUUCCCAAGAUUCAGAAUGCAAGAUGUUCUGUAGGUGUAUUGAAUGCAUCACAUAAAAGAGAUUACUCAUCUGGAAAGCGUAUUGAAGUAGCAAAGCCAGUCGUUGAACUCGAUGGAGAUGAAAUGACAAGAGUCAUCUGGGAAAAGAUCAAGGAAACCUUAAUUUUCCCCUACUUGAAAUUAGAUUGCCUGUACUAUGAUCUUGGCUUACCAUACAGAGACCAGACUGAUGACCAGGUGACCAUCGAUGCUGCACUCGCCAUUAAAGAACACAAUGUUGGUAUUAAGUGCGCCACAAUCACCCCAGACGAAGAGCGUGUCGAAGAGUUCAAUUUGAAGAAGAUGUGGUUGAGUCCCAACGGCACACUCCGUAACAUCCUUGGCGGUACCGUCUUCAGAGAACCAAUCAUUUGCAAGAAAAUCCCACGUCUUGUUCCUGGAUGGGAGAAAGCAAUUGUCAUUGGUCGUCAUGCGUUUGGUGAUCAGUACAAAGCUACUGAUUUUGUUGCUUCUGGACCUGGUAAAUUUGAAAUGUCAUUUACACCAGCCGAUGGCAGCCCAGCGCAGUCUUGGGAGGUGUUCAACUUCACAGGCACAGGAGGUUGUGGAAUGGGCAUGUACAAUACAGACGAGUCAAUUGCUGGAUUCGCUCACUCUUGCUUCCAGUAUGCACUCAUGAAAAAAUGGCCGCUUUACAUGAGCACAAAGAACACGAUCUUGAAGAGAUAUGAUGGCCGUUUCAAAGAUGUUUUCCAAGAAAUAUAUGAUAGCCAAUAUGCCAAACAGUUCGAUGAGGCAAAAAUAUGGUACGAACAUCGAUUAAUCGACGAUAUGGUUGCCCAGGCCAUUAAGUCUACCGGAGGAUUUGUAUGGGCGUGCAAGAACUACGAUGGUGACGUUCAGUCGGACAUUGUUGCUCAAGGUUAUGGUUCUCUUGGACUUAUGACAAGUGUAUUGGUUUGCCCCGAUGGCAAGACCAUUGAAUCAGAGGCAGCGCAUGGAACUGUCACAAGGCAUUACAGAGAACAUCAAAAGGGUAACCAAACCAGUACAAACCCAGUUGCCAGUAUAUUUGCCUGGACGAGGGGAUUAGAACAUCGUGCUAAACUAGAUGGUAAUGAAGACCUUAAGCGCUUCUGCCAAACCCUGGAGCAGGUCUGUGUAGAUACGAUUGACUCAGGCAAGAUGACCAAAGAUUUAGCCGGUUGCAUCCAUGGAAUCAAGAAUGUCAAACCUGAAGAUUACUUGCAAACUAUGGACUUCUUGGCUGCUAUAUCAGACAACCUUAACCAAAAAUUGAAGUAACAUGAGUUUAUACACACUAGUCUGACGAAAUCAGUAAAACAUGGAAGAUUUUUGUACUUCUAAUACUAGUUAAAUUGGUAUAAAAGCUUUCGGGCUAACAAUGCUUUUAUUAAGGUGCAAGAAAGUGCACAGUGUGCUAAAGUACUAUUACUACUAAAGUCCUCUGUAUUUUACUAAGUGAAAUAAUGAGAGCAAUGAGACAUAAUCUAUCCAAUUUUAGCUGCAAUGUUCUCUGGACAUUUUAACAUCCAGGAAUAUUACUACAAUACCUCUAGGUCACAGAUAGGUGGUCUAAUAGUGCGGGUACUUAAAGUCUACUGUGUUGAUAUUAAUUGUUUCAUAUCUUUCAAUCUUAUGAUCAAUGGUCGGCAUAUGAAUUCUUAUCCUUACAUUCUAUUUAUUAUUAAUAUAUUUCUUAAAAUAAACUUAAAUCAUGAAAAUUGCCAUUUAAGUCUUUAUGGGUCACAAGCUAUUUGGAUAGGACAUGGGUAAUUAAAUCACAAUUUGUCUUAGUUUUUAAGCACACUGCUUUUUAGAAUUGAAACAGAAAGGCAAAAUUUUAAAAAUUUAAGUGAAGUUAAGCAAUUUUCAAUCAGUAUAACAGUAUUAAACGGUCACAAGUGAUAUCAUGCUUGUAGAGUGAUUUACCGACUGGAAUAAAUUUUGACGUGAAAUUAUAA